AUGAGAGAGAGUGGAGUCGUUGCCGCAGAGGAACGAGACAUGAUAUCAAAUGGAAAUUACAAAUAUAACCAAAAUACAAUUUGUCACAAUAUAAAUGAAUAAAAUCUCAAAAUAUUUCUCAAACCACAAUCUUUUCUUAUGAACUGAAGAAACAUAGGUCAGUGACGUCCUCUCUCGGGGAGGGAGAGUGUGAGUGAGAGAGAGAGAUGAUUGUUAUUCUUGAGUGCCCAAAAUCAUGUAACGGGCCAUAUUAAAGGGCCCAAAAAGCUGAAAAAUGUAAAGUGACUUUUUCUCCUUCUUUUAGGAGAAGUUAGAGCUGGGGGAAAGAGACAGUCAGUAGAGAGUCAUUUCGAAAUCAAGGGUUUUUGAAGCUUUAUGGAUAAGGAAAACUGUUUCAAGUGGAGUUCUAGGGGUUGAAGAAAAGAGGAAGAGGCAUGCCUUUGUACUCUUCCUUAUUGGUGUUCUAUUGCUUCCAAGGAACCUUGUCUUCAAGCUAGUGAAAGUAGGUUCAAGAGAAUCAUUGCUCUUUCAUCUGUCUUCAUUUUUUAUCUCCUUUUGUCUUGAUAGUAGAAAUAAGAGUUUCAACUCUGAACCACAAUACAUUUUAUUACAUGUUUGUUUUAUAUUUAAGGUGAUUCGAAUCAGUACUUUAUAGGUAUGUGUUUACAAUAUCGAGUGCUUAGUUUCUUUGAAGAUAUCUCGUAAUAUCAAGAAUAUAGAAGGUAUUAAUUCGUUGCACUUGUGACAUUUGAUAUAUUUUCUGUGUGAUAUAAUCUUCUACACAACCACAAAUAUAUUUGGCAUCCAAAUUAUGUUUUCAGAUAUUUGGAUCAGAAUUUGAAAUCCUUUUUUAGUGAAAAGCCUCAGGGAAACUUUAAAGAUUUUUCUUUAAGUGAAAUUAGUCACACGGUCUCCAGGUCCGAAGGGAUCCAGUGCCCAACUACCGACUCCUGUCGGAAUUGCGUUAUUGGAGCCGACCCUCAGACAAUGUAAUGUUCUGA